AUGGCUCAACAGUGCUUUCAGGAUGAAUAUUUUGACCAUUUGCUUCAUGCCUGCAAACCUUGUCACCUUCGAUGUUCAAAUACCCCUCCUCUUGCCUGUCAGCGCUACUGUCAUGCAGGUCUGACUAAUCCAGGGAAAGGAGCCAAUGUCAUCCUCUGGACAUGUCUGGGCCUGUGCUUGACUGUUUCUCUGGCCGUUUUUGUGCUCAUGUUCUUGCUACAGAAGAUGCGCACUGAGCUAUUAAAGGACAAAUCGAAAAACACAGGACCAGCUCUCCAGGAUGUGGCUAAUAUCGACCUGGACAACAGCAAGACUGGUGUUGAAAUUGCCCUUCCGAGAGGCCUGGGGUACACCAUAGAGGAAUGCACCUGUGAAGACUGUGUCAAGAGCAAACCAAAAGUUGAUGCUGACGAUUUCUUCCCCCUCCCAGCUAUGGAGGAAGGCGCAACUACUCUUGUCACCACAAAAACAAGUGACCACAGCAAUAGCUUGCCAGGUAUGUGGCGUGCCCCAAGCCCCCAGGACACGGCGGCGCUGGUGUUUACGUUCCGGGUUGGGGGGCGGGACCAGGACGGCGGCGCUUUACUUCCGGGGCGCGGUGGGGCUGGGCGGGCUCCUGGUCUCCUGGCCUGUGCGGAGCUCCGCGGCGGCAGUGGCGGCGGCGGCGGAGGCGCGGCGCGGCGCGGGCGUCGGUCCGGGGAGCGGCAUCAUGAGCGACCCCCGCCUCAUCGCCGGCAGCGUCCUGGCCGCCGGGACGCCGGGUUCCUGGCCCCGGUCACUUCCAGUUCUGGGACUGCCCGAGUCCAGGCACGCCCAACGCCCGAGUCCCCGCUCAGUCAUUCCCGGGACCCCUGUCUCCAGUCACUCCGUUUUGCACACAGGCGAAGGGUGGCUCUCGAUGGCCCUGAAGCCUGGUGUCCCAGGAGCCCCCAGCCCCCAAAGGACUGUCAGUUCCUCAACCCCUUUGUCUCUCGCUCGUCUUAG